AUGGUCCUACGCCUAGCCAGGGUUUCUGACCUCCCAAUCAUAUCCCAGAUCUUCGCGAUCGGCUUCCACGAUGAAGAGGUCGUCGGUCCCCUGAUGCACCCCUUCCGCGACCAAUACCCCGAAGACUACUUGGACUCUUGGAGGCGACGAUGCCGCGAGCGGUACUGGGAUUAUAGCCGGGUGCUCCUGGUCAGCUGCGAGAAGGAUGCAGGAACUGGACGCGAGGUCGUGGUGGGCGUGGCCGAGUGGCAGCGAGUCGGGCUCGGCUGGGCCAAGUUCUGGGGCCUAGGAGGCUUUUGGGAUCCACGGAGGUUGAUCUCACCCUUGAUCAAGGCGUUCCACAGAAUCCUAUCGAUUUGGAGGCCCAAUCGCGCCACCGCUCGCGCUGAUCCGUCCGACCCCUUCCCACUGACCCCGACGACGCUGCAAAGAACCCUCUGGCCGUUCAUUUCCCACUGCUACCUUUCGCCGCCUCACAGACUGACGCGCUGGAACCUGGAUUGCAUCGCCGUGCUCCCAAAGUACCAGGGCCACGGCCAUGGUCGCCAGCUGGUCGCGUGGGGCCUGCACCGGGCCCGGGAAGAGGGCAUCCCCGCGUGUGUCAUGGCCGCGGCGGACAAGGAGACAUUCUAUCAACGCUGUGGGUUUACCGAGGUCGCGGGCUGGGCCAACGAUGGUGUGGACGAGCAGGGCAGAGUCAAUCCUCUGAAAGGGAGGAUUCGGGGUGGAUGCAUCAUGUAUACGCGGGUGCGAGAAGAUGAAGAUCUGGCAGAGACUCAUCCCAAAAAUGAGUGA